AAAUACUUAAUCAUUGAUGUGUCAAAUGUAUGAACCUGAUGAAGACGGUGUAGAGAAAGUUUGGAGUGUUGGAGAGCUAUGUAUGGCCCCAUAUUCUAAGGAUACUGAAUACUACAAAGCUAAAAUAAGAAAGCUGACACGGAAACACAGCAAUGUGAUUGCUACUGUAUGUUUUGAUGGCUAUUCAUCAGAAGACAAUGAAGAUGUUGAUGUAAAUUUUCUCCUGAAAAUUUCCAAGAAAAAAACUUUUCCAGAUGUUAGUAUUAUAGAACCAGCUGCUGGUCAUAGUGACAGCCUGUUUCAGCCUCUGGAUGGAAAAGAACAGAUUUCCUGGUUAAGUGAUAAGUAUGCUGACACAGAUGAUGAGGAAGAAGACUACUGUAUACCAAAGAAAAAGGUCAAGGCAGUGGUGGCAGAGGGAGGGGCCCCUAAAAACAGAGAGGAAGGGGCCCCUAAAAACAAAGUAGACUUUCAGAAAAGGAAGAGAAGUAAAAAUGAGCGAUUAUCAGAAAGAUCAGGUGAAAAGGCAGGCAGGUCUCCAAAGAAACCUGUCAGGCCAUAUAGAAGUGACGCAGUUGGACAUACAUCGACACCAGCAAAAAGCUUGAGAAGUCCACACACUGAGUCAUCAUUGACAGGAGUCACAACCUCAAAGGGGAGGAAAUUUGAUGUAGAGCCUGAGAUUGAUGAAGAGGAAGAAAUCAGAGAGACUGAAGGUUGUGAUGGAUUUGAUGAACAAGAACUGGAGAAACCCAGGUUUAAGUUUACCCCUGCAGCAGCCAAGAUACCAUUUCAACUGUCAGCUGGUAAUUCUGGUGUACAUCCUAUAGAAGUACCAGCAACAAUCAACCGAUACUUGAGAGACUACCAGCGAGAUGGGAUCAAGUUUCUGUACAGUCACUACAGGCAGGACAGAGGAGCAAUCCUUGGUGAUGAUAUGGGCCUCGGAAAAACUGUUCAGGUGAUUGGUUUGCUGUCAGCUCUAUUACACAAGAAGGGAAAUAGAAUAGAUGUACAGAAGCAGAAGCCGAAGUUCAUCAGGCAGAUGUCAGAUGCUGUGUCUCUAUCAGACAGUAACAGAGAUCCUGAACAUGGACCAUUUUUGAUCAUUGGUCCAGGGAGUGUAUUAUAUAACUGGCUGGAUGAACUGGAGGUGUGGGGUUACUUUACUGUAGGAAAAUAUCAUGCAACAGAAAAAAUUACAUGUCUAUCUGAUACGAAGCGUGGAAAGUAUGAAGUGGUUGUGACUACCUAUGAGACCUUCCGUGAUAAUUGGAGAGAGCUGAAUGAUAUACCAUGGGAUGCUGUUUUUGUGGAUGAGGUCCAUAAGAUCAAGGGUUUGAAAGCUCAGAUAACAAAAUCUCUAAGAAAGUUGAAAUGUAUGAAAAGAUUUGGACUGACAGGGACAGCACUUCAAAACAGUAUGAUAGAACUCUGGAGCAUCCUCGACUGGGCCCAGCCUGGAUGCCUUGGAAUGCUAUCAGAUUUCAAGGAAGAUUAUGUGGACCCUAUUGAACAGGGCCAGAAGAAAAUGGCUACGAAAAGAGAGCUGGCUUUUGGGAGAAAAAAAAAUCUAGAGUUUGGAGAAAGGCGAAGCAGAAUGUUACUAAGAAGGACAAAAGAUUUGAUAUCUGAACAGCUCCCUAAUAAAGAUGACAACAUAGUGUUUUGUAAGCUGACAGAGUUUCAGACAUCGGUUUAUCGUGCUGUACUUGCCCACCCUGGAAUGAGGUUUGUGUUGGAUAUGGAUGAACCAUGUGACUGUGGAAGUGACAUUAUCAAAGGACGCUGCCACAAUAAGACCCCAGAUGGCUUGUCUACCAGGCAGAUUCGAUUCACUUUCAUGCACAUCCUGUUGAAAAUAGCAAACCAUGUGGCACUAUUAGUACCUUCUAGCAAGUCUGAUCGACAGCUAACGGAAUUCUCCAAAGAAGUGAUCAAGUAUAUCCGAGAAAAAUUUCCUGAGUUCUUCAGUGAAACCAGAGAAGCUGCAUUCCGUACUUUGUCGGACCCAAAAUACUGCGGCAAGAUGAAGAUCCUGAAGGGACUGCUGUCUGUAUUCAGCAGGGACCAUAGUAAGGUGCUUCUUUUCUCCUACAGUACAAAGGUACUCGAUAUCCUAGAACAGUACAUGAUGACUACAGGUUACGAAUAUCGACGACUAGAUGGCAGCACCAGUGCUAAGAAACGCAUGGACUUGGUUCGGGAAUUCAACAGGGAUUCCUCCAUCUUCAUCUUUCUCAUUUCUACAAAAGCUGGUGGACUUGGCCUUAACCUUACUGGUGCUAACAGAGUGAUAAUAUUUGACCCAAAUUGGAAUCCAACCCAUGAUCUUCAGGCUCAGGACAGCUCAUCAUUCACGAAUUCAAACUCAUUUCUAAACCAGUGUCUACGAAAUCAUGUAUUCGUAAAUAUGUCUGCAGAGCAACUGGACAGUGUUGCUGUGGGAACACUGAAUGCAAAGAGAUAUUUCAAUGCUAUUUCUGGUGACAAUGACCAGAAAGGCGAACUCUUUGGUGUGAAAAACAUGUUUAAGCUGCAUAGUGGAGACAGAUGUUUGACUGUGGAUAUAUUGCAGAGAAAUUCUAACUUGGAACGAGGUCUGGCAGGGUAUGACUUAGCCAAGUACAUUCCAGCUGGGUCUGUAGAAGAAAAGGAGGAUGAAUCUGACUUUAGCAAGGACUUACCUAUUGUUAGUGAUGAGGAAGCCAUCAGUGAUGUGAUGCUGGAUGACUCAGCUGGAGAGAUGGAGGUAGAUUACUUGGACAAAGAGGAGACAACCAGCAAGGAGAAGGCAACUUCCAAAGUAGAGAAAGUCAGAGUCAGCAAGUCAAAAUUAGUAAAGAGGUCAAAGGUUAAUCCCGAUUGUCACAGUGCUCAGUUUGACAGUGUUGAUGGUGACCAUGAUCAGCUGCCCAGAUCUAAUCCCAGCUUUUCCUCUGUGGGAGCUGUAUUUGAGAAAUGUGGUGUUAUUCAUGUUCAUCAGAACAAGAAGGUGAUUGGAAGCAGCAAAGCAGAGGAUCACAUGACUAAAUGUGCUAUUCAGGACGUGUAUGAACUGCAUCAGAAUUCACAAAUCCCAGCUGCUUAUUGUGCUCCGUUCUCUGAUUCAUCAUCAGAGGAAGAAAUUCCACCUCCAAAAAAUAAAGGUCGUGGAAAAAACAGGACAACUGUUAGCCCAGGUGCUGCCAGAUCUAGAGUUGAAGUGAUUGGUAAUUCAAAAGUUCUGAUUGGUCAGACCCCUAGAGGGAUACGACAGCGACAGUUCCAGCAGAUGGCAGGAGAGGAGUCGCUAGUGGACUUUGCUCAGACUGUGCUACUGUCAGACUCAAGUUCCAGAAUUCAAAUGCUGAAGGAUUUCUAUGUGAAAGAAAAUCCUGAUCUGUCUAAAAUCUUCAAAGAAUCUCCAAAAGAGCAGUCAUCUCCUAACAGAGAGUCUACAAGCAGAUCUAAAUCUUCAAAAUCUCAGAGGAAAAAGAAAGUUAAUCCUACUUUAGGGGUUAGCUACCUGUCCGACAGUGAAUCUCUUGGAACAAAAAUCUUUAUGCGGACUAGCAGUCGAGAGAGUGAUCCAUCAGACAGUAUAGAAAUAGGCAGGAAGGUAAGAAAGAAGAAAGGCAACACAGUUAUGACAACCAGAACACGACUGCCUAGUAAGGGUAAUAGUAGUGGAGCCAAGAUUCAUGGCCUAGCCAUGUCCCCUAUGUGGUCCGUGCAGACAUACGACAAAGAGGAGGAGGAGGAGGAGGCACCGAGAACCAGAGAGGCAGGGCCACAAUCUACUGAACUGCUGGAAGAAAUAGGUCUAGAUAGAAAGAAUGUUGUGUCUGGACAAGCUGAUAAUACUCAAAACAUGUCUGUGUAUGAAGACAUAGAUGACAUAUUUCUCGGGGGUAUGAAGUCUUCUAAAUCAGCAAGAAAGCCUCCGCCUGGUAAGGGAAAAGGAAGGGAGAUUUUGGCGGGUCAGGGGAAAGAACAAAAUGAUAUUUUAGGUGAUACAACUGACAGUGAACAUCCUUCUGUGGUGUCUGAAUCCUCAGACAUUCAUCUUCUCAAUGAUAGCACUCUCAAGGAUGACAGUUUUGAUUGUUUUAACGAUCCUGUCAAAUGGAAGAAGAAGAAGAAAGCUUUGCCACAGACAGGGGUCGAUAAACUCAUUUCUGAAGGUGACUCUGAUUUUCUUAGUUUGUUUGAAAAAGGAAAAAUGAAGAAGAGAAACAAAGUGUUACCUAUUGUUGAAAUUAAAGAUGACAGUAAAGAUUUGGUAGAACAGACACCUAGUCUGUUCUGAUUACCAGUAUCAAUUAUUUAAAUCAAAAUAAUAUUUCUUUUGUAAGUUUUAAAAGGGUAUACAGCAAACAGGCUGUAAAAUUGAUGUCCAAAAUGUUCAGUAUGGGACCUUAUCACAGUAGUUGUCUCGGCAAUAUAUCAGCUUGACUUGUGCAAUAUUCCCCACACUAAGUCUGCGACCUAAGGGGAAUGUUCUGUUAAUGGUUAUGUUUCUGAAGCGAUCAAUUGAUGAUGUCUUACUGAUCAUUAUAAUUAUUGUUAGGAUUUUACAUGUAAAUACUACAUAGAUUACUCAGAGAAGUGAAAGCAUUUAAAUAUACAACUCGGCAUGAAUGGUGCUAAUUCAAUCACUAAAGUAUUGUUGAUGUUCAUACCAACAUAUCAUCGCUGAGGGAUGAUGUACGUCAACAAACUGUGAAUGAUAUGUAGUUUACAUAUGUUGGAAGUAAUUAAGAAUUAUCAUUAUCUUUUGAACCCAUUCAUCAAAUUAUGCAGAUGAUACGAUAUUUUAUUAAAGUUUUCUCAGGGGUUGUAUUAGUGAUUUCAUAGUUAGAAGACAUAUAGUUUUACUGCCAAUUAUAGUUUUAUUUGUUUGAUGGCAUUGGUUAGUGUCAUGUUUGUCUUUAGAUCAUUUGUUUGUUAGAGUUUGUAAAAAGUAUAUUUUUGUGGUAUGUAAGUGUUCAGUUGUAAACAAUUAGUUUUAAACUGUCAAGUUAUUGUAUGACAUUUGUUUUAUUUCAGAAUCAUUAGUUAUCAACGUUCAUU